AUUUUGUUCUGUAUGUAUCUGUAGUACCACUGCUGACGUGGAUAAAAAAUGUAAAGGCAAACUAUUGGCAAUUAGUGCUCAGUGGUGGUGGCUAAAUAUUUUGAUAAUUAGUGACAUAUUUAUAUUAGUUCUGUUAUUUCUUUGUACUGGUUUUUAUAUAGUGUAUCAAAUAGUGAUUGCGCAACGUGUUCUACGUCUAUUAUUAAUGUUGGCAGAGAGCAAUAAGCUAUGUCGGACAAUAAAAACAAUAAUCCCCCUGAAACGGGACAAUCGGAUACUGCUGACAGCAAUAUAGCAUCACCUAGCGAAGUGUCUAGUGUCACAGGAAGUGUAAAAACUUCUAAGACAUCUCAGCGCAUGUCAUCAUCUUCUGAAAGGCAAAUAAAGUUUGAGCGUGCUCAGAAAUGCCUUGAGAAUGCUGCCCUUGUGUCAAAAAGGAUUAAAGAACACCGAAAAGCUACUGCAGAAUUACUUGGAAGACCAUUUGAAGAGGAUGAUGGCGGUGACACUGCUUCUGAAAUGGCUUCCACCAUGAGUGAGAAGACUGGAUACUCUGUGGCCACUGACACCUCCGCAGCUAUGUCUGUGCAGGAUGCUUUAAACAUACCUGGCAUUAGUGAGAGCUUAGCAAACACCUUGAAACAGAAGGAGCUUCUCAUGGAGAGGAUAAGACAGUACAAAGAGAUCAGUAAGAAACCCAUGACUAAACCCACAACCAUCAGGAGGGAAUCAACGGUUGAAGCUAAAGCAGAAGUCAAAAAGGCGGCUGACAACAAUGACAUAAUGCAACUUAUGAACACGAUAAAGGAUAAAGAGAAUAGUCUUAGUGUGAUGCAAGUAAAAAUAAAAGCAAUGGAAACUACUAUCCUAGACCUACAGGAGAUGAUAAAUGAGAAGGACCAAAUUAUUGAAGCUAAAAAUAAGGCAACAACUCUCAUGUCGGAUACUUUAAGUAAAAAAGAAAAAGACUCCCUAGUUUUACUUGAAGACACAAGGCAACAAAUGACAAAAAUGCAAGAAAAUUUUAUAGUUAUGGAAUCUGAAUGGAAAGAAGAAAAAUCAAAAUUGUUAAAGGAAAUUGAAACAAGUCACCAAAAAAUUAAUAGUUUAGAAGAAGCAAAUACUAUUUUAGAAACCUCUCGUUUUGAAAUUAGUGUCGCUCAUUCCAAAUUAGUUGAAGAAUUAGAAUCUAAAAAUCAGGAAAUACUUCAGUUGCAAGAGAGGAUAGAAAGCUUGUCGCAAAUGGCUGUAGAAGAACCACCUAUUAAAGAAAAGGACGAUGUAGAAGAGGAGAAGGGCUCUUUAGAGAUUUCUGGUAUGGCUGAGUUGACGAAAAAGAUUGAGUUAUUGGAACAAUUGAACUGUCAAAUUAGGCAAACAAACAAGGAACUAGAAAACAAACUGGCAACUGUAAAUAUUGAACCUAAAUCACCAAGUAGUAGUGCUCCAGGCAAGAAAGGUAGCCCUCUUCCUACCCGCAAGGGCGGAAGAAACACGGCAGCCAAAAUAAAAUCUCCCUGGAGCCAAUUAUCCUCAGAGUCAUUACCUCAAGAAACAGACAAAAAGACAGCAAAAACUGAAAUCGCACGCCUAGAAUCGGUAAUACAAUCCCUUAACAAAGAAAUACUUGAAAAGGAAUAUGCAAUAGCUCAAAAAGAUACGUUAAUAUCUGAACUAAAACUCGCGCCCUUGAUACCAGAACCUAAGAUAUCUGUUGAACUAGUAGAAGUUGGUGUUAGUACUGAUGUGCCAGAAGAUGUUAAAGAGAAACUUGCUCAAGUGGAUGUAGAAGUAAAAGACCAAGAUUCUAACCUACAAUCUAGUCCUAUUGAUGUAAGUCAAUCAAGUGUGGUACUGGAGCUAGAAGAGAAAUUGAAGGCUGCUGAAGAGCAAAUCAUCAUUCUAAACGAUGAUAUUGACGCAGCUAACAAAAACAUGAUUAAAGUGAAGUCGAACAAUAAAUUGAAACUGAAACAGCUGCAGAAAACAAUUGAAAACUUCAGUAAAGUGUCAGAUUCAAAUGCAGAGAUAAUAAAGUUGAAUGAAGAGUUGCAUCAACUUUCCCAGAAAGUGGCUGAAUUGGAGGAAGAGAAAGGCAAUCUCCAAUUACAUCUUGUUGAUUAUGAUAGUGGCAGAUUGACUGAUUCGGACAUUUACAAGAAAAUGGUUGAGAUGGAGAAUUUAGCAGAAACGCGACUCAAAGCCAUAAGUGUUUUAGAAGCGCAGAAGUUUGAUCUGGUUCAAGAACUUCAUGUGUUGCAGCAGAAAAAUAUUGAGAUGGAAGAUAAAUUAGCAGAUAUAUCUCAACUCCAAAAUGAACAUGUUUGCACUGAAAUGAAGUCCGUCCAGAUGGAGGAACAGAUUGAUGAGCUUAUAGCUGCUAAGAAAGAAUUAGAACUUGUUAUAGAAAACAUUAAAUUAGACAAAGAACAUCUUAACGGGACUAUUAAAAUCCUUCAAGAUGAGAAAGAUGAGUUAGCUCAUAAAUUAGAGAAUUACAUCCAAGAAAACAUGGAGCUAACAGACAAACUCGAAAAACUAAGUGCCGAAAAAGUUAGUUCCGCAGAAUCAAUUGAAAUUGUAGAGUCACUGACUACACAAGAGAAACUUGAGCUUGAAGAGUACAACAAAGGCAUAAGUGAGGACAAACCUGAUGACCAUCAUGAAGAGGAAAAUGUUUCUUCCCAAAACGAUAAGAACAUAGACAUCUUAAUUCAACAAAGAGAAGAAUUAAAUAGCAAAAUUGAAUUAUUCACACAAGAAAGACAAGAAGUUAUGGAGAAAAUGGCCAAAAUAGGAUCAGAAAAUGAAUCCUUACUCGAAAAGAUAGCCAAUCUGAAUAACCAAUGCAGUAUUUUAGAAAAUAGUAUAGAAAUGCUAAAUAACGAAAAACAGGAAAUACAAGAUUUGAACCAAGAGCUUACACGACAAAUUGAAGAUAUGAAGCGUGAGAGAAUUGAAAUAAUGAAAGAGUCUGCUGAAAUAGCGAAACCAUCCGCUGAAGACAUUACUGACGGAGCGCAGGCUGAAGUACAUCAUGAUGAUAAGUCUGCCGGAGAUAAGGGCAACAAAGGAGCAAAAACAGUGAAACAACUCACAAAAGAAAUACUUAAAUUGAAAAACACUAUCAAAGAAAGAGAAGACGAGAUUGCUGAUUGUCAAAUGAAAAUACUGUCCAUGGAAGAACAACAGCAAAAACAAAACGAGAUACUAAAGACAAAUGUGUCUAAUGAAAAUAAAAUAAAAUCUUUAACAGAGGAAAAUUACCAAUUGAGACAAGAAUUGGAAGUUAGUAAGAAGGACAAGGAAUCUGAACAGCAGUUACUCCAACUAAAACAUUCUAGUGAAUUAUUACAACAGGAAUUACAAAAAGUCCAUCAAGAAUACGCUGUUAAUGUUGCGUCACGUGACGCGAGGAUAAAUGAACUUGAGAACGUUUUGUUGGAGUACGAAAAACAAAUGUAUAACUAUGGAAAUAGCCUACAGCAGAAAGACAAGGAGCUGUCAGAGUACAUCAACCAAAUAACAAAACUCAAUGAUGUUUCACAGAAACUUAAAUCCACUAUUGAAUUACUCGAAGAAGAAAAGUCCAAAGACCAAAAUGCAGAGCUUGUUAAAUCGCUUAACAAACAGAUCGCUGUCUAUCAGAAAAAGAUGGCCGAAAACGAAGAAAAAAUCAAAGCACUAGAUGAAGAGAAAAUGCAACUCCAUUGCGUGAAAGGAGAACUUGUUAAUAAAAAUACAAACCUCGAAACAGAAUUGAAGAAGUUAAAAGACGCCUUUAAUGAGAAGCAAAAUAUUAUUAAAGAAUUGCAAGUACAACAACAGAAGCAUUCCGAAGAAAUGUCUACCAUAAUGUUACAAACUAAAGAAAGGGAUGAAGAAAUUCAUGAAAUCAAAUUGCAACUAAGAAAAGAAUCUAUAGAAAAUGAAAAAUUGCGUAAUAACAUCAUGGACAAGGAAACACAAAUUAAUGAUUUAACACAGCAAAUUGAAGAAACCAAAGAAAAGCUGAAUCACUUAUCGUCAGAGAAAGACAAUUCAUCUGAACGAUUUGUGGCAUUAGAGACGAAAAAUAAAGAACUGAUGGAGAAAUUAAAGAAGUUUGCAGUUACGAUUAAAAAGAAGUCCGCAAUGUACACUGAACUAGAGACACAUUACGAAGAAUCUCAGAAACAACUUAGUGCUAAGAAUGAACAGUUAGAGCAACUCCUUAUUCAAGUUGACACACUCCCUGCCUUACAAGAUAAACUGAAACAUGCCGAGGAAGAGAUGAAUCGGUUACAAUCGCAAAAAGUGGCUUUAGAACAGCAAAAAAUACAAGAUAUUAACCAAUAUCAAACAGAACUCAAAUCAUUCCAAGAAAGACUUGUUAUGUCAUCUCAGGAAAUAUCUCAAUUGAAUGAUUCAGUCAAUAUCUUACACAAAGACUUGCACUUUGCUCGAGAGGAAAAUAUGCAUUUAAAAUCACAGAUUGACGCUUUAAACAACAAGUUAGUGGAGCACGAAAUAGAGCAGAGAAAUAAUGCCAACUUGACCACAAAAAUAUCUGGUUUAGAAGCAGACUUAAGCCAAAAACAAAUGCAGAUAGCCGAGUUAUCAAAUCAAGUUGAACAUUAUGAGCGUCAACAGAAUCAAGUACAGUUUGGAUACGACGCUAAAGUGCAAGAACGAGACUUAUACAUCGAGAACUUGGAAGCUGAAAUAAACAAGUAUAAGGGUCGUAUUUGUCGCCUUGAAGAAAGUAUUUCUAUUAUGGAAGAUAGAAGACAUUCUUUAGAGCGUAAGGCUGAUCAAUUAGGCACUCAGCUGCAAGAAAAGCAAAAGGCUUACUCAGAAUAUACUAGUCAAGAAGACGAGUUAGUCGGUCGUCUAGCUGUACUUAUGGAUCAUGACAGAGUUCUUGAGAAGCAACUAUUCGAGAUUGAUAACGAAAAUAAGGAGUUGCAAUUUAAGGUUCAACAUCUUAAUGAAGAUAACCAGAAAUUAAGGAAAGCCCUAUCUGAAAUUCAGGAACAUUACAAUGUAAUGCUUGAAAAAGCAAAUAAACUCGACUUAAUUGAGCCCGAAGUUUCUAAGUACCAGGCACAGAUUCGUGAUCUUGAAGCAAACUUAAAGAAAGUAACCCACGACCAUCAGUCUUUAGUUUCGCAAAAGAAGCACGAGAUUGAAGAACUCGAAGCAGAAUUUAACACACAAAUAGAGAACGCAAUUAAAGAGAAAAAAGUAUUGAGUGAGAAGUAUGAAAAAGUUAACGAAUACGUGUCUCAACUAGAGAAUAAACUGCAGGAAUACAAAACAAACAUAGAAAACCUGAACAUCAAUAUAGAAGAACUACAUAAAGUUAACCAUGACUUAAUGGAGAAGUCGUCUAAAAAGGAACAGCCUGCAACACCAGAUUAUACAGAACAGUACAUAGGCGAAAUUAACAAAUUAAAUGCUAUUGUUAAUAACAAGAGUCAAAACAUAGCAGAACUUAGUAACACAAUACAAGUUCAACAAAUGAAGACAGCAAGUCUUGAAAAUAGCUUAUUCGAAUUAUCCGAAAACUUAAAAGCAUCUUCUUUCGAAAUAGAGCAAUUGCAGCUAGCAAUGAAUUUAUUAAAACAAGAUAAUACUGAAUUACAAUCCAAACUCUCUGAAAAAGAAGAACAAAUUAGAGAAUUGAAAGAGAAUCAGAAACUGACGUUUGAAAUGAAUAUUCCAAAAACUGAAGGUAUGAUCAUUUCAUCUACUAUUGAACAGCUUAGUGGUGAUAACAAAGGAUUUGAUAUCUCAUCUCUUGAAUCGCAAAUAGUAUCUGGUAUGGAAGAACCUUCUGUUGAAAGCAAACAUGUCGUUAAGAAAGUCUCAGAACAUAUCCAAAAACAACCGGGAGAAGAGAAUGUUGUGGAACCAGAAAUUGUGGCGAAAAAGGCCUAUGUGUGUUAUACUAAAGACGAUGAAGAAAAUGUGGGUCCGGAAGUGGAUCCCUUCAAUUCUGAUGAAGGUUGGGGCUUAGGUGAAAGUGAAGACGUAGUUGACGUAUCACCCGACGUAACACACUUGAAUGUCCAAAUUCAACAGCUGAAGAGAGAUAACGAAGUAUUAAGAACGGAACUUGAAACGAAUAACACAAAACUUAUAAAAGCAUUAAAGAAAUUAAAGGAGCUUAAAACCAAUAAUGAAGUGCUCUCCAAAGAGCUUAAAGUGGCUAAGCAAGUUUCACAGUCUUCCUUUUUCGAUAACGCAAUGGAGGACGAACUUCGUCUUAAUGUUCAAGAUUUAGAAAAGAAGCUCGAUGAACUAAAUACAGAAAUUAAUAAAGAAAAACGUGACAAAGAAUCGCUAAGAAAACAAAAUGAAGUCUUCCAUAAUGCCAAUGAUAGAUUAAUGGAAAUGAAGGAUAAACUAGAAAGCGAAAUAGAACUGUGGAAAUUUAAAUUCAAGGAAGCUAAUGAUAAACUCUCGACUUUGCAAUGGGGUGGGGAGACCAAAGACUCCCAAACAGUCGAGCAAAAAUCCCCCGUUGCAGGUCUAGAUGAAGACAAAUUUAAGGAUGAACUACUAAAAAUAGAAAAAGAAAAUGAUGAAUUACAGUCUAUGGUAGAUCAGCUAAACACUCAAAAUAAUGAGCUUCUCUCUCAGCAAACUUUAUUGAAGAAUGAAAUCGGUAAUCUUCAAACACAGCUGCAGCAAAACAAGACUGCAAGCCAUAAUAGUGAACAGUUACAAAGUCAACUUAAUCAGUUACAGCAAAAUAAUGAUUUGCUGGUGAAAACUAAUGAGUCUUUGUCAGAAAAAUUGCAAAAUAUUGAAAUUCAGUGUAACAAUUUAUCAGAAAAUGCCGAGAAGUAUAACAUAAUAAAAACACAAUUUGAUGAUUUAGAAAAAGAAAAAGCAGAAUGGAUUGGCAUUCAAUCUAAAUUACAAGAUGAAGUACUAUCCCUUAAACAAUUACGUUCCGACGAUGAAGACAAAAUCUCUUCUUUGUCAACUCAACUGGAAGAUUCUAAAUCAAAGAUAAUUUUCCUCGAAGAGCAGCAGAACUUAAAUAAAUUCCAAAGCGCGGAUAGUUUGGCUCUGGCUGAAAAGUACAGUUCAAUCGAGCAGUAUUGUGCAGAAUUAAAACAUAAUUUAGAUGAUGCAAAUGCCAAAAUAUCACUAUUAGAAUCCGAAAAUGAAAAUUCGAUUCAAAAGUCCAAAGAGUAUCAGAAUCAAAUUACUGAACUUAAUGCAAAAAUCGAGCAAUUGAACGUUGAAAACGAUACUUUACUGUCUACUGUCGCCGAGUUGCGUUCAUCUGUGUCCAGUGCAAUAGAUCAGAGAGGUUUCGAGAUUGCGGAACUAUGGAAGCAACAUCUAGCGCAAAGGGAAGCAGACUUCCAAAAGAUUGAAACUGAUUUAAGAACGCAAUUAAAUACGGCCGAAGCUAAAUAUGAACAGUUAUUAGAAAACGUACAGUCUUCUAACCAAGAAGAAACAAGUAAGUUGGUUGUUAUUGAACAAGUUACCUCAUUACAAAAUAAGUUAGAGGAUAAAGAAGAGCAUGUAAGGAAUUUACAAACAAAAUAUGCCGAGGUCAUGAACCAGUUAGACAUGUUACGUUCGGAGGUAGAAGACGAAAAAGUUGCUCAAGAAAAUAAAUUAUUAGAACAACAAGAAGAAUAUGAGAAAGUUAUUCAAGAACUUACUGUAAAUAGUCAUAAAAAUACUCAGACUUAUGAGGAAACCUUUAAGAAUAUACAAAACGAGCUUAUGAUAUUUAAAUCCAAUAAUGAUGGACUAAACCAAGUAAUUGAAGACUUAAAUGGUAAGAUAAAAGAAGCCGAAGAGAAAGUUAUCGAGGUGACUAAUCAACUUCGACUGAAAGAGAGCGAAAUAUAUCAGAAAACCCAUGACUAUACUAUUACACUGACGCAAAGAAACGAGGAGUUUGAAAACGUAAGACGGCAGUUGAUCGAGUAUGAAAAGAAAAUAGAGGAAUUAAGUUACGAAAAAGAAUCCGAGUUAGCAGUUCUAAGAUUAAAAAUACACGAAAGAGACAGCCAUCAUGAGAAAGCGAUAAGUGAAGCAAAUGCUGAAAAAGAGAGUAUACUUGCAGCGUUAAACGAUAAAAUUUUUGAGUGUACAAAUCUAAACAAACAGAUAGUUGACUUGAACAAGGAGUUAGAAAAUAAUUCCAUGAAGGCUGCAGAAAUGCAAGCCGCCUUAGAAAACCAGGAAAUAGAAAUAGUCGGGCUUAAUGACGAAAUAACGAAUUUACAAAACUUAUUGCGGUCGUCUAGUGCUAAAAUUCAAAAACACGUUUCAUUUGCGUCUGAUACCAAACCUGGUACUGAAGGUGAACAAAGCGAAAACCUUAUGAGCAAAGACCUGUUGGACGCGGUGCCACGGGCUGAGCUAGACUUGGCCCUCUACAUGUUACACCAGAGAGAUGUGAGGUGCGAGGAACUCACCAUGGAGCUAACUCAGCUGCUGGAGGAAAGAGAUACCUUACAAUUGCGGCUAUCAGACAGUCUCCGGUCCAACGAAGAAAUGAAAAACAAAGCGAGAAUUGCAGGAUUGGAGGAGUCGAUGAACUCUAGUCAAGAAACAAUAUCUGAACUGCCGAGCUUUAGUAUAGAAAAGGAGUUUGUUGAUACGCAUCGCGGACAGACGUCAAGAAGCAGCAGUAUAAGUGAAAUGGAGGGCGAGAAACCAAAGUUGCAGGCUAAGUUGACGGAGCUGCGUAGUGUGAAGCAUAGCCGCGAUGUACGGUUCCGGCAGGAGAGCGAGCAACGGCAGCUGGACCUGCGGCUGCUGAGCCGGGACGUGGCCAACCUGCCGCCUGAGGCAGUCGACCAGCUAGCGCAAGCGCACCACACGCUCUCUCGGGAUUCUCAAAGUACGUCAACGGUUCUUCUAAAUUGGCUGCGAGGGAAAAGUACACCAAAAGUAGUUCACAUGUGAGUGAGGCAUUUAUUGUUUAGGUUAUAAUUGCAAGGUUAAAAUCAGCCGUCCUUUCGUCGACGACUAUAAGUAGAAAAAAAAACAUAAAAACACUUCCAAUAAUUAAGUAGGUCCUAAAAAUGAAGGAACUUUGUCAAACUGACCCUUCUUCGCUUUUACUUGCAUUUAUUAAGAGCCACCACUCAGCACAUCACAAUUUUGAAAUGUUUCGUUAAACAUUUAGUUGUAAAUUGUGCCCUUAGAAACUUGCCAACGAAAGCAAUCCGAUUUCACCAGAUCACCUAUUCUUUCGAUACUUCUUCUCACUAUAUUUCUUCCAUCUGAAACCUAGUACAAUAAAUUAGAUUUAAAUAAUGGUCUGGUAGAUUGAGAUUUUAAAUACAAAUUCUUAUGUGCUUACAAUAGUCUGUGAAUUAGUUUUGGUAACAUGACCUGCGUAGUAAAAAUCUAGUAGUUUUUGCUUGUUAGGUCAAAACUAUAUUGCAGACGGUAUUGGCCAUGAGGAAAUUAAAUUGGCAAGUACGAACGAACGAUAAGAUACCAAAUUAUUUAUUGAACUUUAUCUUUAUGCAUUCCUCUUAUUUAACCUUCCUUUUGUCUCCGUCUUACAUUUACAUUGUACACAAAAUUAAAUAAUGAUUAAUACCUACGCGAUAUUUUCUACUAUUCCUUUGUUAAUUUUGUGUUGCCUUUCCUAGUAUUUAAAUUGAUUUAUAUUUAAAUUUUGAUGUCAUUGAAACCUAAAAGUGCUGACGUCAUUAUAAUUGUUAAUUUAUGAAAAUUGUGAUUUCUCCAAUGAUUAAAUCGUGCCUUUUCAUUCAUAGAUGAUAUGUAAAUGUUAUCGUUGUUCACGUUAACUGUUCUCACUUGUAACAUGUAUUAUUACGAUUCGGAACCUGUAUAAUUUAUGUAUAUAAUCCGUGGAUUCCAAGCGAAUCCUUGUAUAUUGAAUUUGUAAAUUUGUUUCUUGAAUAAACGGUGUUCAUUUAA